ACUUAUCUUUUUCCCAUAGCAGUUCCAUUUCCGUCUAUGAAUUCCAAAACAUUGCAGAGCUUGACAGAUGCAAAUGCAUCAUUAAAAGUCAUGGCAAGUCCCCAGAAAAUGCAACAAUAUAUGGACCGACACAGAAUCGGUCCACUCUUUGAGAACCUAAUGAACAAAGUACUCCAUGAUCAGCCUGACGAUCCCCUCAUAUACUUGAUCAAGGCUUUGCAUAAAAAGGCCGGAUUGGAGAUGCCAAGAGAAUUGAGGCCUUCUGGAGUCAGAAGAGGCUCUCCAGAAAGGAUGGUAAGAAGUAAAAGUCCUGAGAUGAGCAAAAAACCAUCACAGACAUGGGGAUCUUCUACCAUGGAUGUGGAACGAUCCUAUGACAAGCCUUGGCUUUCAAGCAGCAAGAAAGUGAAAGCAAAAUCGGAAGAUUUUUCUGCCUCAAAACAAGGUAGGAAGCAACCCAAGCAGCCAUGGAACGUGGACACAAAGGUCGGAAAGACCAGCUUUGAUGAUUUAUUCGAUGAGCAUCCAGAGGAGACAAAAGUUGUUACCAAGAAAAAGGAAGGAACGACAGAUGCCAGACAGACCUGGGGAUCCAUGGGGCUAGGGGAAGAUGGAGAGGUGUUCACUAGUGGUGCAUACAGAGGCCCCAGGACUCACCUGUCCGAUGACGAUCCUCUAGCCGGGGAGCUGAUGAACAGCAAGACUGACGACACUGAGGAAACAGAGGACACAAAUGUUGUCAGUUCUGGUCAUGUGAGAGGCAGGAGAGUGGAUGCCAAGAAACACAGGAAAGAGUUGGAGAAACUGAUCAAAGCGUCGGACCAGAAGUCCGGGGAUUCUGGGUACGACGACGGACUAGAGGAAGAGGACGAUGCUAUAGAGCUGCUGGAGGAUGCAAAUGAUCUGUUAAAUGAAGGUGUGACCAAAGUUCCCAAGUCUGGAUACAAACUCAGCAGACUUCUACAGCAAAGACAAGAGGACGCAAAUAUCAAACUUAAUAUCAAUCUUUAUGCAGGUGCAGAGCCGGCAGAGAGUUACGUAGGAGAUGUUAACUACAAAUCCUCAAAGGUAGACGAUCUGUUUGAAUCAGACGAGGAAAGACCUGCAACUGGUAUGUCUGGGUUCCGAUCGUCCCCUGGGGACAGCGAUGAAGAAUUUGAAAGUGUGUCACAAGUCACAGGGCCGAGAAGACCAGUGUGGAAUGUUGGGGAAGAUUCUGAUGGUGAUAUUUUCUAUCCUCGAAACUCUAAAACAUCACCAGACCUCCCUUUAUCCAGGAAAAGUGUCUCAAUAUCCGAAAGAAGAAACUUGAACCAAACUGCCCCAGAGAGAUUUGAACCCUCCCCUCUUCAGUCCUUGGACAGUGUUCAUGGUAGAGGUGUACCGAGCAAAACGUGGAACCCGACCGCCCAAAGCAUGCAGUCUGUGGAGUCAGUACGGUCUACCAGUGGAGGGUGGCAAAUUCCACGCUACGACUCAGAAACAGAAUUCUCAGAAUUUGGAGAUCAAUCUGCCAGGAAUCGUCCACCAAGAGCAUACUAGAGGAGAAAGGGACUCAUUUUAUACAGAGUUUUAUACAUGAAGAUCUAGUUUAUAGAUAGACUAUUUAUCAUCUCAUCUCCCUCGUUGUCUGUGAUCUUUUAUUUGCAAAACAUAUACUUGUACAUGAAUAUUUUUAUGUUUUUUUUUUUUUUUAGAAAAAAAAAACUUUUUAUAUUAAUAAAUUAGAUUAUGCAUUAUGA